AUGACGCGCUUCAUCAGCAAGCGGCUUCCUAUCGUUGUUCUGCUAUCCGCUCUACAGGCUAUGGCUCAAACAUGCUACUGGCCGAAUGGUGAUCCUGCGCCCGGGUACGUCGCCUGCAACCCACAGGAAUCCUACAGCAUGUGCUGUAGAGGCGAUUCCUUAGCGGCAUGCCUCUCCACCGGCCUUUGCAUCUGGCUGCAAGAUUUCAGUAUCGAUCGCGGAGCUUGCACGGACCGAGACUGGUCAUCCAACUGGUGCUCACCAACAUGCAGAGACACUCCAGAUGACGAGCAUGCUGAUGUGACGCCUUGUGCGAACAAUCCCGCUACUUACUGCUGCGCCAAUGGCACAUCAGGCAUCGUAGCUGAAGACGUUAUACUUCCCAAUAGUAUGUUCGCCUCCGUCUAUAUGCCGCCAGCAGUGUCAACGGGAUCCGCAACGUCGUCCUUGUUGUCAACGCCGUCGAGUUUAGCACCAUCGGUGGUCACAACAACGGCAGCUAGCACAGCUCGUCUGGCAUCUGAUACAUGUCACGAGGUGGCAAUAGGCGCUGGCGUAGGAGCAACGCUAGGAAUCGCAUUCUUGGCUGCACUAGGUCUAUAUUUCUGGGAGCGGCGGAGAGCGAAGGCGUACAAGAGUGCUGUAUCUCAUCCGGAGCCUUGGGGCGCACCUGAGAAUCCGGCAGACAAGUACAACCAGCUGCCUCUAGAGUUGCCGGUUCGGCCGCCCGAAAUGGGCGACACGUCUGUAAAACCGUAG